AUGGGAAAAGGAUCCUCCAAGACCAGCACCAAGGUGCUACCACUCAUUCCGCUCGCGUCGCCGCUCGCCCUCCUCCCCGGCACAACACUCAAGAUCCCCAUCACCAACCGCUCCGAUGUCGCCGCCAUCCUCGCGAAGAUAUACAGCAUUAGUCCUACAGCGAAGCCCGAUGCGGCCAUUACAGUAGCUUGUGUGCCGCUGAAUUCCAACACGCUCGGCCCGGAUGGGCAGUUGUUGAUUGAGGAUGGACAUCAGGGGGAGAAGACGGUGUAUGAGAGCGAUCCCAUGCAGGCGACUAAGAAAGACAUCUUUGCAUAUGCUUGUGUCGCCAAGGUCAGCGGUGUGCAAGGAAGACGGCAGGGCGACCUGAGUCUGGUCGUCGAGGGUCUGGAGAGAGUGCAGGUUGUUGAUGUUGUGCAGGAGAGGCCAUACUUUGAGGGAGAGCUGAUGGCCGUCGAGGAGUACAUCGACAUUGCGAGUGCAGAUCUUUUGAACCAGUUCAACCUCCUCAAGCAGCUGUCGCGCGAACUGCUCGCCCUUGUCCGCCUGUCGGCCAUUCUACCGCGCACUCCACAAGUCACACUCUCCCCUAUCGUCGCUCGGAGGCUUGAAGUGUACAUCACCCGCAAAGACUUGUCAGAGGCUGGCGCAUUGGCCGACUUCAUGGCGAACGUGGUAGAAAGCACACACGAGGAAACACUGCGCGUACUGGCAGCUGUAGAUGUCAAGGAGAGGGUUGAUCGCGUCAUCGAGAUCCUUCAACGUCAAAUCAGCAGCAUCCAGGGCAAUACACGCAUGACAGUCACUACAACGCAAACACAGGGCGGCAGCUUGGACAUGGAGACACUGCGACGGUUACAGCAAGAAGCCUUGACAAGAAGGGGCAAGAUGGGCGGCGGCCUGCCUGCUGGUUUCCCUGCCGGCUUCCCUGGUGGCGGGCAACAGCAGGCGGGCGAAGAAGAACCGAAUGAAAUCGACGAGUUGAAGAAAAGGCUACAAGACGUCAAGCUGUCUCCGGACGCCGACAAGGUAGCUCAACGUGAGCUAUCGAGAUUGCAGAAGAUGAACCCAGCACAAGCAGAAUACCAGGUCUGCAGGAACUACCUCGAGAACCUCGCCGAAAUACCAUGGACGAAGAUGACUGUCGACCAGCUCGACGCGCAAACACUGGUCAAGGCGAAGAAGCAGCUCGACGAUGAUCAUUAUGGUCUUGAGAAGAUCAAGAAGAGACUACUCGAGUACCUCGCAGUGCUCAAGCUCAAGGAACAAGCGAACAGGACCAUCGACGAUCAGAUUCGCGCGCUCGCCGAGACACCCGAAGGAGAGGACGAGGCCAAGGAACAAGAGCCUGAGGACAAGGUUGCAAAGGAGCCUUCAGAAGCAGAGCAGCGACUGUUGGAGAAGAAGCGCAUGGUCGACAAGUCCCCAAUCCUACUGCUUGUUGGACCACCGGGAACGGGAAAGACUUCACUGGCCAAGUCAGUUGCUACUGCGCUUGGUCGCAAGUUCCACCGCAUCUCACUUGGCGGUGUGCGUGACGAGGCAGAGAUUCGUGGUCACCGUAGGACUUAUGUCGCUGCUAUGCCUGGUCUUAUCGUCAAUGGAUUGAAAAAGGUCGGAGUCGCCAACCCAGUCUUCUUGCUCGAUGAAAUUGACAAGCUGGGCAUGUCGAACCACAAUGGCGACCCCGGCGCAGCCAUGCUUGAGGUCCUUGAUCCAGAGCAGAACCACACGUUCACAGACCACUACGUCAACAUCCCUAUCGACCUCUCCAAGGUCCUCUUCAUCGCCACCGCAAAUUCGCUCGACACCAUCCCGCCGCCGCUCCUCGACCGUAUGGAGACUAUCCAGCUCUCCGGUUACACCACACUUGAGAAGAGGCAUAUCGCAUCAAGACAUUUGAUCCCAAAACAGAUCACGACCAACGGUCUCCGCCACGAGAACCUCAGCAUACCCACCGACGUGCUCGACAAGAUCAUCACAUCCUACACACGCGAAUCCGGUGUCCGCAACCUCGAACGCGAGAUUGGCUCUGUUUGCCGCUCCAAAGCCGUUGAAUACGCCACGGCAAAAGACACAAACACACUGGCGGCAUACUCUCCCGUUGUCACCCUGGAGGAUCUAGACAGUACGCUCGGCAUCGAGAAGUUUACCGAAGAGCUCACCGAACAAUCAUCUCGCCCUGGUGUUAUAACAGGCUUAGUCGCGUAUAGCACCGGUGGCCAGGGCUCCAUCCUCUUCAUCGAGAUUGCGGACAUGCCAGGUUCAGGCCGUGUCCAGCUAACCGGCAAAUUGGGCGACGUCCUCAAAGAGAGUGUAGAGGUAGCUCUCACAUGGGUCAAAGCCCAUGCUUUUGAUCUCGGUCUCAGUGCAAGCCACGAUGAAGAUAUCAUGAAGAGUCGUAGCAUUCACGUCCACUGCCCCUCUGGCGCUAUCCCCAAAGACGGUCCUAGUGCUGGUCUCGCUCACACCAUCGGACUCAUUUCCCUCUUCUCUAACCAACCCGUCCCGCCUACGCUGGCUAUGACGGGUGAGAUCUCUCUUCGCGGACGAGUGCUGCCAGUUGGUGGUAUCAAAGAGAAGUUGAUCGGCGCGCUGAGAGCAGGCGUCGAGAGAGUACUCUUACCCGAGGGUAACAGGAAGGAUGCUAGGGACCUGCCCUUGGAGGUUACGCAGGGGCUCAAGAUUGAGUUCGUCGGCCACAUCUGGGAGGCAUUGGGCAAGGUCUGGCCUGAGAGGUGGGAGGGUGAAGACGGUAGGAGGGGCUGGGAGAGCAGAUUAUAG